AUGACUGGCGACAUCACCAAGCUCCUAGGGGGUAAGGUGACGAAGAGGUCAUCCACCACUUCUAAGAUCAAUGCUGACAAGAUAAACGAAGCUGAUUUUCCCUUUUGCUGGAGGAUUAAGGGCUCUCAUCUCGUGACUAAUACUCCACCUUCACACGAAUUCAAGAAAUACUACAAGUCCCGAAAUGGCCUGAAUGGACCUAAAAAGGUGAAAAUCGCCGCAUUUGACAUGGAUAGCACGCUUAUAGAUACCAAAUCGGGAGUCAAGUUCGGUAGAGGCCCCAAUGAUUGGAAAUGGUGGAAUGACCAGGUGACUCUGGUGUUGAAGAAGUAUGCAGACGAGAAUUACACCUUGGUGAUUUUCACCAACCAAGGCACGGUGGUGGUGACGGAGGAAAUACGAAACAAGUCGAAAUCGUUUGCAAAUCUCUGCUCGAAAGUCAACCAGAUGAUGGCUUCGCUAAAGAGCACUGUCGACGCUAGAGUGUUGGUGUAUGCUGCUUCUGCGAGACCAAGGCCCAAACGAGCCAAAAACGUGAGUUCAGAAGAAUUGCAUGCCACAACCAGAAAACCAGGUACAGGGAUGUGGGAAGAAUUGGAGAAUUACAUUCGAAGGUCACUAGGCGACGAGUACGAGAUCGAUAAAGACAAGAGUUUCUUUGUAGGUGAUGCUGCGGGACGAGAUGGAGACCAUCUGGAUAGCGACAAGGUAUUCGCCGAGGGGUUUGGAAUUCAGUUUGAUAUUCCAGAAAAUAUCUUCAAAAUGCCAACCGACGACGACUCCAACACUACGGAUAAUUCAGAUUAA